AUGGGUAUCUACGGAGAUUACCAGAAGAAGCGUGAAGCUGCUUAUGAUAAGAGACUCGAGCAGCGUGUUCGCACAUGGAUGGAAACCCUCAUCAAGCACAAGAUCGAGGGCCCAACUUUCCAGGAAGGCCUUAAGAACAUGAAGGCUCUCUGCGAUGUUAUCAACGCUGUUUAUCCAGGCAAGAUUAAGAGAAUUCGUGACUCAAACGUUAUGCUUUUCUGCCGUGAAAACUUCGGCUCCUUCACACAGGCCUGCCUUAGCAUUGGUGUUGCUCAGACAGAUCUUUGCCAGUUCGAAGAUAUCUACGACAACCGCAACAUGGGACAAUUCCUUGUUACAAUGGUUUCCGUUGCUAGAAAGAUUCAAUACAGCCCAGGCUACCAUGGCCCAAUCCUUGAGGAUGCUGUUAAGCAGGCCACACAGAACAAGAGACAAUUCACAGAGACUCAGCUCCGUGCUGGUGAAUCUGUUCUUCCACUUGCUCAGGUUGGAAUGAACGAGGCUUCUUCAGCAGCUCUUGAGGCUUCCCGCUAUGUUGAACACGGCAUUAUCAUGGAUCCAGCCCUCAAUCCAAACAACAAGAGGAAGUAA